UUGACACAACCAUUGUGACCUCGCCGCUGUUUUGUCUUUAAUAAGAAUUUAUAAUAGAAAUUGUGAAAAAUAAAAAAAAUCUUUCCGUCUUCAAGAAGCCGUUAACAACUUCCGGGUCGACUUAAACGGAGCGGAAAUAGGCCCAUGGGAAAAAGACGACGACCGUUUGAAAGAUGGCGGCGCACACGCAAAAGAAUAACAAGCUGGGGAAACCUGGAGGAAAAGAGGCUCAGCCUCUAAUAAUCGCCAAAACUCCGGCGGAGGAACAACGUCUGAAGCUGGAGAGGUUGAUGCGGAACCCGGAUAAACCCGCUCCCAUCCCGGACCGGCCCAAAGAAUGGAACCCGCGGGCUCCGCCGGAGUUCGUCCGAGAUGUGAUGGGGUCCAGCGCCGGAGCAGGCAGCGGCGAGUUCCACGUUUACCGGCACCUCCGCCGCAGAGAGUACCAGAGGCAGGACUUUCUCGACAAGAUCGCGGAGAAACAAAACGAGGACCUGACAUAUCUGGACAAGGUGGAGCAGAACAGACGGGACGCCGAUGAGAGGACGGCAAAACGCAGGAAGAAGCGGGAAAAGUUGAAGCAGAAGAAGCAGCAGGCUAAGAAGGCAAAGAUGGAGGCGAAAAAGGAUAAAGAAGAAGACAAGAGCUCCGAAAGCAGUGAUGAAAAAGAGGACGAGGAGGAGGAGAGAGAGGCUGAUGAUGACGCCGAGGCUCCGAGCUUCAUCAUGGGGAGGAAGUGACGCCCUCCGCCUCCAGGGCUGGCUGCUGGCUUCUUACUGAUGGUGACAACAUGGGGGUCUGAUCAUGGGGCCUUUGGGGACAUGGACACCAGAAUCACAGAGCAGCCUCUGGGUAAAACAUUUGGACACAGUUUUAAGAGCCCCGCACAAGAGAAACGUCCUUUUCCUCCAUUGUUCUGAUACCAGAAUAACACAGUCAGCUUAGUUUAACAGGCAGGAAACCUCCAUGGGUGUAAGCAGAUAUUAGUGGUCAGGAGACAUGUUGAGGCUGUCCAGUGUUUUCAUUCUGCUGUCCUUAAUCAUGUUGUAAUAUCUGUGAUUCUCACGUUUCAGUGAGCAGCCCAGGUGUCGUCUGCAGUGGCAACAUAUUCCAGUUUUCCAAUUUUUCCAGAAUUUUCACUUGAUUAAAUUCCUGGGAAUGUUCUCAGUUUCAUGUCAUCUUUUAAGUGUUUUAAUAAAAGCGAGAACAUACACAGA